AUGGCUUCAUCAUCCAAUCGCGGACGCAACAGUGCGGGUGCAAGGAAAGCCGCCGGCAAACGCGAGGAAAAUAACCGAAUCUACGCGUACCCUAUCCCGCUUGUGCUCGAUGCCCCGGAGAGCAAUGCAGUCUCAUCGGUCUUGGGCCUGUUCGGCAUAUCAGCAUCGCGCAUUGUCAAUCCUCACUGCGAAGGUAUAUUUGAUCCCACGACACGCUCCGUGUGGGUCACGAAUGCCAAGGAUUCCAUGAUCUUGUGGAGGCGCGGCUUUUUUGGAAAGGGUAAUUUGUCACGGAGCGAGCCUAGUUGGCUCGCACGAAAAAUCAACACCCGCAAUGCUGCUGGAAAAUACAUGACGUCGGAAGAGGUCACUGCCAAACGGAGAGCCGAGAGAAAACAGUUCAAGUUAGAUCGAGCACGAGCCAUUGCUGCUGCUGCUGCGGAGGCAGAGGCCGCGUUUGCGGAAGGCCGCAUUAUCCCAGCCGAAGAAACGAAAGCGUCCAUCCCAUCUGCCGCAACGUGGAAACCGUCCACUGUCCAUGCUGGAACCGUGAGUUUACCGGAGACACCACCGGAACAGGAUGAAGAUGAUGCUGCGGAGCUUCUUGAGGAUUUGGAGCACCUGCAGCUCACCCUACCGGAGGCGUUUUUCCUGAUCUGGGCGCUCGAUUGCUUGACUGUCCUUGAUCCAAAAUCACUGGAACCUAUGACCCUUCCAGACAUCUGGCUGGCGUUUCAAUCUGCCCAUUUACCGACCUAUGCCACGCUUCCCUCGCCCCUUACGCUUCCCCCGCGCGCCGAUAACCCCUUCCUCAUCAACUAUGUCUUCCAUCAUCAUUACCGCUCUCUCGGGUGGGUUGUCAAGAAUGGAAUCAAAUUUUGUGUAGAUUAUCUCUUGUACAAACGGGGACCUGUAUUCCACCACGCAGAAUUCGCCUUGGUCCUCAUACCGGUGUACGAGGAUCCAGACGAUGCAAAGACGUCGCCUUUCGAUCUCCAGAAUGUAGCACCGUUCAGUUGGCAAUGGCUGAGUACUAUAAAUCGUGUCAACUCCCAAGUGCAAAAAACACUUAUAUUGUCUUAUGUGACAAUCCCGGCCUUGUCAAGGCUUGGGCCCCAUAUGCUUCAAUCCCCCGCGUAUCUGACACAAUACUCAAUUCGAGAGAUUGCCGUACGGCGCUUCAUACCCGCCAGAAUGCGGGAUUAA